AGCAUUCAUCAAAGGACGAAGGACGAUACGCCAUUUUGGAACAUCACAAAACUUCCAGGUGAAUAUCAACUAGAAAUCGCGGUAAUAUGGCAGGCGGACUUCCGCGAAGAAUUAUAAAGGAAACGCAACGUUUGGUUUCAGAGCCAGUGCCUGGAAUAACAGCUUUCCCAGCUGAUGAUAACGCUAGAUACUUUAAUGUCGUCAUUGAUGGUCCCGCUGAGACUCCAUUCGAGGGAGGGAAAUUUAAGCUAGAGCUCUUUCUGCCUGAGGAGUACCCAAUGGCUGCACCCAAGGUUCGAUUUAUGACGAAAAUUUACCACCCUAAUGUGGACAAACUCGGACGAAUCUGCUUGGAUAUUCUUAAAGAUAAAUGGAGCCCAGCUCUUCAGAUUCGCACAGUUCUGUUGUCCAUCCAAGCUCUUCUUAGUGCACCAAACCCAGAUGAUCCUUUGGCUAAUGAUGUUGCAGAAAAGUGGAAAUUAAAUGAAAGUGAAGCUCUUGUUACUGCCAGGGAGUGGACAAAAACCUAUGCUAUACAAAAUUAAAAACUAGAAUAUGUCUGUUGGAUGUUCAUGUUUCCUAUGAGUUGUUGCUGAACGCUGUGCAAAGCUGAUACCACAGUUUAUGCAAGUGGUGCUUAUUCUUUCAAGACGAGUCCCAAACUGUUUUUUUUUUUUUGUAUAAAAUUUUAUCCAUAGUCACUAGAUAUAGUAGGGUCAUAUACUGUAAAUUGUAGAUCCAAAGCUGAAGAUACAGAAUCCCAGUGUUCAGUUGCUGAUUUUAGCUCAGUGUUGUUGCUUUAAAAAUGAUGUGUCAACUGAUGCACUAGAGGACAUUUAUUGCAGCAUUAUAUCGCAGUGACAUGUUGCAGAUUUUUGAAGCUGAUUCAAACAUCUCCAAUUUUUUUGCCCAUUGUUUUUGUUCCAUUAGAAGUCAUCUUGUGUUAGCCACCAAUCACUAUCUAAGAACCAUUUCCCUAACCCUCUAGCUCCCUAGAUCCAAUUGUUGAUUCUCCCCUCUAGCUGCUACACAUUUCCUUAUAAAUGAGUUAUGAGAAUUUGGUGUUAGAUUAGGAUGUCCACUUUUACUGGAUAAGUUUGGAUACUCUCAUUACAUGUUUGCUGGAUAAUUUUAUGGAAAUGAUAGAGAGAAGUUUCAUGUGAAUCGCUUCAGGGAGUUAAAGGGUUAUUAAAAGCCGUCUUCUGUGUAAUGGCUAUUCAACAAGUAGACUAAAUGUUGUGUUGUACCAGUGCUGUAGUGGAUCACAGAUGUUGUCAAAAUGUGGAAAGAACAAAUGAGUUGCACACAAGAUGCAGCCAGCUGUGUCACUAAUACUCUUACUGUAUUUUGAUGUCUUCUUGGAUCUAUUACUGAAAAGGAGCACAGCAACAUAGAAUCUCUUUGUUUUAUAUAAUAAAGAAGGAAAAUGUUGUUAA